GUAAGCCGAACGCGACGGGAGCUGGUUUGGCCCAUAUGUCGAGUUAUCGCGUCGCUCGCCUAGUUGUAACCGCGAAGAAGAAGAACGAGGCCUCCUCUGCGCCCGGAGGGAGGCGGUGCCCGCGACCAGGGGCAGGAUGCCGGAGCGCUGCGGAAACUCUCCAAAUAAGUGGACCUGCCUUUCUUCUUGGAUGCUGAGCUAAAGAACGUCAUCAUGGGCCAGCAGCUCUCAAGCCAGACACACUCUGCUAUUAAUAAGCUGCCAGAAAAAGUAGUCAAACAUGUAUCCCUGGUUCGAGAAAGUGGUUUCUUGACAUAUGAAGAAUUUUUGGGGAGAGUAGCUGAAAUGAAUGACACAACUGCCAAGUUGGGUUCUGGCCAGGACAAGCACUUGUUAUUUGAAGUACAGCCAGGUUCAGACUCCACUGCUCUCUGGAAGGUAGCUGUUCGAGUAGUAUGUACUAAGAUAAACAAGACAAGUGGUGUUGUCGAAGCAUCAAGAAUCAUGAACUUAUAUCAGUUCAUGCAGCUUUAUAAAGAUGUCACGAGUCAAGCAGCAAGUGUUCUUUCGCAGAACAUUGCCUCAGAAGGAGCUGCAGAGGAUCUGUCAUCUGUUGCAUCUUGUCAGGCCAGCAUUUUGAUGGGAAGAGUGAAACAGCUGACUGAUGAGGAAGAAUGUUGCAUUUGCAUGGAUGGACGGGCUGAUCUGAUCUUGCCAUGUGCUCACAGCUUUUGUCAGAAAUGCAUUGAUAAAUGGAGUGGUCAUCACAGGAAUUGCCCUAUAUGUCGUCUGCAGGUGACUGAAGCCAAUGAUUCUUGGGUGGUAUCAGAUGCACCUACAGAAGAAGAUAUUGCUACCUACAUACUCAACAUGGUAGAUGAGGCAGGCCAGCCUCACAGACCCUGACAGGAACAAAGCCCAUUGCCUUGAAAUCAUAAAAGAUUUCAUUUAUUCUUUCAUUUCCUCAUUGUAUUGCUUUCUAUAAAAGUCAUAGGUCUUUAAAAGUGACCCAUUUGUCUAUGAGCCAGUUGUACACGUUUAUAAUUUUAAAUACUCAUCAAUAAUUUCUCUGCACAUAGCACCUGCAGAAGGAUAUGUUCAGAGUUUUCUUACUUUCUUUGAGACACUGGAAUAGCUAAUAUUUGAGUUCUAGUAUAAGCUCUUCUGUGAUCAUUUGUUGAAACUGAAUUUCAUUAUAGAUGGUCCAGAAGAAUGUGGGAAGUUGCUGAGGGCCUGUUGUUCCAACACACAGAAGCAAUCCUUCUUUAUGCAAGUAUGUGUUUAUGAUGCUCAUGCCUGCCUGCUUACAUGAAUAGGAAUUUGCCCCACAUUUACAUUUCAGUAACUUCUACUGGCCGCUUGCGGCUUGCUUAGUAUUGACAGAUGCUUCCUUAAAUCACCACUAAUUGCAGCAUGUUGUUUUGAGACAAAAUUUUCUGAUGGCACACUAUUUUGAUAUAAUAAUAAUAAUAAUAAUAAUAAUAAUAAUAAUAAUAAUAAUAAUAAAUUUAUUAUUUAUACCCUGCCCAUCUGGCUGUGUUUCCCCAGCCACUCUGGGCGGCUUCCAACAGAAAAAUGAAAUAAAAUAAUCUAUUAAACAUUAAAAGCCUCCCUAAACAGGGCUGCCUUCAGAUGUCUUCUAAAAAUCUGGUAGCUGUUUUUCUCUGACAUCUGAUGGGAGGGCAUUCCACAGGGCGGGCGCCACUACCGAAUGGCUUUUGCAUUCUUGUUCAGGGAGAAUGAGUUGUCUAGUCAACAUCAAAUAACUUCAAAAAACUUCCCUGGUUCACCAAGUCAGAGCUGCUUGCAUUCAGGAAUAAAUGUGUUCACACCUUUACUGAUCACAGACAACCCAAAGUUUCUGAUCACACAACGUAGCAUCUGGCUUUCAAGCUUUUCUAGACUUCCAUUGUUAAAUCACCAGUACGUAUAACCGUAAAAAACCCAAUAUGGUGAUCUGAGGUAAAUAGAUGGUGCUAGACUCCUUUCUACAGGUGCAAUAUGCUUUACUGUAACAAGAAGGAAUGUGUUCUUUGACCACACUUGCUUUGCUUUAAUGUCUUAGGGAAUCUGUAACCCUGAAGCCUGUACUACUUGUUCUCAGGAGUAUUGGUACCAGGACUGGAUCCAGGUUUAAGGGUGGCACUCAGAAGAAUGUCUUGUUUUGGGCCCUCAGAUUACUUUGUUACAUUGGCAGAUGGCUGCAAGCAACCAUUUUACAUUUCUAACAGCAUCCUGGAGGAACUGUAUGGAGGCAUAAUGGAAAAAUUUAAAUGACAGCUUAGAGGAGGGAUGGGGAACCUUUCUAGCCUGGUGGUCCAGAUUGUUAAUGCCCCCACCUUUGUGCCGGAGUUUGGCAGGUGGCCAGUGGCUGGAGCUGCACACCUGUCAGUUGUCUGAUGUCACAAUGAUGCCUGGUGACAUUUUUGCCCAUAGGGGUCUACAGAAGCCUCCUUCAAAGAACGGGGCAAGAGAAGACUUGGAGUAGAGCUUCUGAAAAUGUUCACAGAAGCCACUCUCAAAUGCUGUCUUGCCCUGCACUUUGAAAGGGGUUUUGCAGGCAGCAUGAUUGGCAAUGUCUGCAAAUACCCUUUUGGCCAAACUCUACCCUUACCUGCUCCACACCUGGGAUUGCUGAAAAUGUGUGAAUUGUAAUGCUGCUGUUUGAGAUUAUGCUAAAGUUUUGCAGAUACUUCAAGUUACUUCCAGGUUUAAAAUAUUGGUUAAAGACUUCUUGUAGAAUAUAUCUGAAUUUUGUAUUACAGAAUAUGACAGAUAUUUCUGGCUUGUUUGAAGCCAUCAAGUUCAAUCUAGACAAUUACAAUAUGGCAAAAGUUGUUUCCCCCUUCUAUUAUGACUUGCCAAAAUGAGAAAUUAAGACAGCAAAUUAGACUACUGAAUUGAACUCCAGUGUUAGGUUGUAAUCCUGAUAUAAUUUUCUUGGAAAUAGUUCUCACUGCUAAUUGAUGAACUUCAAUGUGUUUAAAAUCAUAGUGAAAAGUGAAGGAUUUGGGGAUUUUUUUGUUGAUUGUAAAACUGAUCAUGUUAAUUUUCCCCACCCUUGUCCAAAGUAUUAAGAAUUGGCAGAAGUGCCUAAUGUUUUAACAGCAAGCGUUUUAAACCUAGUAAGCUCUUAAGUCUUCCUUCUCUAGUGAAGAUUAUCUUAUCUGUUGUUAAUAUGACUAAUACUUUGAUUUUUUUAAAUGCUAGGGUAAUAUUCAAUGCUAGUCCUACUCAGAGUAGAUGCAGUGAAGUUAAUGGACAUAGCUAACUUACGGUAGGUUCAUUAUAUUCAGUAAGUGGACUUGAAGUAGGACUAAUUUGAAUACAGUCCAUUGAGUCCUAGAUAAAGCCCUACAUACCAGACUCAAGCAGUUUGAAAUUGGCUCUGUUUGCAUGUCAUAAGAAGUUGACGUUUUAAUUGUGAACUUGCCUGCCCCCUCCCAUGAGCAGUAAGCCAGAAAUAAAGGUUUGUUGUGACUUGCUGUGUGUGUAGCAAAACAUAUCUACAUUUCUACCACAUAAGCCAUAGAAUGGAUUGUUCAAACAAGGUGGGAAGAGAAAGCAUGGUAGAAGUGGAGGUGUGUUAAUGAUUAAACUUACAAAGACAAACUGGCUUGUUUUGAAAUGCUAACAAGUCUAUGAGUAUAUGGUCUAUAAUGUAAAGAUGCAGGGGUACUUGUGAGUCUAACACUAAUAAUGAAGCUUGUAAAUAGGUGUAAACUUUGUGAUAUGUAUAGGAUUUUAAAUUAAUACACAGUGGUGGAAGUACUGUAAAAUGUAUCUUGUUAAAAUGUAGGCCACUUUACUCCUCUGUGCUACUACUGUUCCUCUCUUCUGCCUCCAUGUCACUGUAGUUUUGUCCCUGUCCCUGUCUCUGGGUAUUAAAAAGACUGGCAGCUCUCUAAGGCUAUGAGAGUUUACUCCAAAGCCCAUGGGUAAAGAUGCAGUUCAUCACUGAGCAGCUUUCCCAUGUGCUCCUGACACACACCCUGCACAUGGCAAAAUUACAAGGCUGCUCGAACUUACAGAUGAGCAGUAGUCAGCUAAACUAUCCCAAUAGUGCAAGGGUUUCUGCUUGUGCAAUGGGACCCCACUGCCCCUUGUGCCUUCAAAUCUGCUGCAGAGUUGGGAGAACCAGUUGAACAGAUUUAGGGCACUCACAGGAGGAAAUGGUCCAUUAUGCAAGCAAGAAAUCCUUGCUGUACUGUAUAUUGGAUUUCACCCAGUAUGUGUGUUACCACCAAAAACACCAUUUACGUUAAAAACUGUAAUAUAAUUCAACAUUGGAAGAAAACUUGAUUUGUCAAUUUAAUAAUGUUGAAUAGUUUUAGAACUAUGACUUUUUUAAACAGUGAAUUUUCAGCAAAAGUUGAAUUAUGUGUGACCAAGAAAAAAUGCAUUACUUCCCUGUUUUGCAUUAAUGUGAAUAUUUCUUAAGGGUUUGAUAAAGAGUGUUAAUAGCUAUUAAACUUUCCAAUGUAUUAUAUUGUUAUGAAUAUUGUGCAAUAAACACUUCAGUCUCCUUCAGCUUUGUGCAAUACUUGAAAAUCCUGCCACCAGACCUCAGAAGAGAACCGUUUCUUAUAGAGAAAACUGUUGUGUUUAUUUCAAUAAAUUAGUUGUCUGCAUAGGUAUCUGGUCCCUGAAUGCAGGCGUUUACACUGGAACAUAGGUGCUGUGGUAAAUAAAAAUACAGCAAAAGUGGCUAUGGGUGUAAUAGAUUGCUUCCUUUAGUUCUAAAGUGUUGCUGCUUUAACUGUAGGUCCUGAGGGAUAUAGUUAAAUCAGGGUAGUAUUUGUCACAUUCUUUCACCACCAUUUUUAUUUAUUAUAAGUGAAUAUAAUCUUCAUUUUGGCUCUUCUGGAAAAUUAAAUCUAGCAAUGGAAGGGUUCUGAAACCCUGUUUAUCUUAGCCUUCUAGAAUACAGAGGUUCCAGCUGGGAAACAAUUCAUAAACAUCUACUUAAUACUGUAUACUAGCUAUAAUGAAGACGUGUCAAGAAAAUGCUUGUCCUUGCUUAAUGUUCAAGGGUAGGACACUCCAUAACCAUAAAAAUAAUUCAAAAGUAUGAACUUUCCACAAAUUCCUAGGCCCGCUUACUCAAGAAUGAAUGCUUAAGCUCAGUGGGACUCAUGUUUAGGAUUGCUGCUUAAGUUACCUAGUGCACAGAGUGGGCAUGUCAGUCCAAAGAUAACAGGUGAGAGGGGGGG